UUCCUGCUCUGUAAGAGUUGGGCAGACGAACUCCCCACCCCACCCACCGCCAGGGGCCACAAUACUGUUUCCACAUCCCGGGCCCCGGGACGGAUGAGCCGAGGGGAUCCGGGGCUUUGAACUGCUGGGUCCUUCAGGUGACCAGGAGCCCGGUGGAGCAGAGGCCGGCAGGCGCCAAGCCCGUCGGGCAGCGAGCAGCGCACUCCCGGGGGCGCCGGCCGCCCCGUCCACCGGAUUCCCGGUCCUGUGAUUGGCCGUGAGCGGCUGCUGCGGGCGGGGAGUCGGGGGCUUUUUCGGGUAAGAGGUUCAGAAUUUGGAGUGCGACCGACCUGGAUUCGAACACAGCUCUGCUGCGCUGCGGCUGCGAGCCGGCCAUCCGCGGCCCCUCCACCCCUCGGCUCGUCCUCGGCCCGCGGGUCUCCGCGCUGCGCUGCGGCCGUCGACGCGGCUCCGGACGCGGGCGGGCGGCGCUCGGGACGCCCCGAGACGGGUGGGCGCCGCGCCGACGCCCUCUGCCGGCCGCCCGCGCUCAACGCUCGGCCCGUGGGACGCCCGCGGCCGGAUGCCCUGCGUCCGCGCCCUCCUCGGCCUCCUGGCGACCCUGGUGGCCGGCGGUGCCGUCGCCUUCCUCGUGUACUGCGUCUACUUUGACCACAGGCGACGCGGCGACCCAGCGUUCAAGCGCCGCCUGCGGGACAAAAGAAGAGCCCAGCAGCAAACGCCUGAGGGACGGGGCACCCAGUUAUGGGACACAGCAAGUUGUGAAAAAUUGCAAAAGCUUUUUCUGCAAGAGUUACAGUUGGGACAACUUUGUCUAUCUAGAGGAGAACACAGAAUGGUGGCUGAACAUUUUAGUUAUGCCCUUCUAGUGUGUGGACAACCACAAGAACUCCUGAAGGUUUUCAAACGCACACUUCCUCCCAAGGUAUUUGAGAUGCUGUUGCACACAAUUCCCAUUAUCUGCCAGAGAGAUAGAGGAGACCUCACAGCACCAGAGCUGCCUCCAGUGCCAUAGUAGCUAGCUUCCAUGUGAUGCUGGGGUUAGCAAGCAGACUACAUGCAUGGCAAGGCUCAACCUAGUGAAUUGUGCCUCAAGUUUAGCAGCAUUUUAAUCUUUGACUUUGCUUGUUCUUGCCUUGCCCUAAAAUAUGCCUGUUCCCCCAUGUUCCUUUGACUCUACUUCUACUUUCCAAUAGUAUGGCAAAACAUGAAACUCACUUUA